UGCACAAGGCGCACUAAUGCAGUUACCAUAUUUAAACGUUACUCCACAGACCGAACAGCACUUCAGGGAUCAAGGUGUUGCUGUCGUUUCAUCCAAAAGCUGAUCUGAGGACUCAUCACAACCGUUCUUUAUCUUGUUCUUCUGCCUCUGCUGUGUGACCUGUGGGGAAAGUGGGCUUCUCUGAGUACAGACGAGACACUGCUGAGGACUGUCUGGACUUGUGUGAAAUACCAAGUAACUUCCUUGUUGUCUGCUGCCUCUGGAUUUGUGGAAAGUCCACUUGAGUAGCGAGAGGUCCUGGAAUGUCACCAUGGAGGGAUGGGGCAGCCAUCAGCAUCACAAUGCCAUAGAUCAGAACAAAGUCAACAAGUUGCCUGGACAGGAAGGCCAGAGGAACAUCCCCGCAUACCAGUUGUACAGCGUGCUGGCCAAUUAUCGGAUCGAGAAGAAGAUUGGCCGGGGCCAGUUCAGCGAGGUGUAUAAGGCUACCUACCUGCUCGAUGGGAAGCAGGUGGCGCUGAAGAAAGUCCAGAUAUUUGAAAUGAUGGAUGCCAAAGCACGUCAGGACUGUAUUAAAGAGAUCGAUCUCCUUAAGCAACUGAACCACCCCAACGUGAUCAAGUACCUGGACUCCUUCAUCGAGAACAAUGAGUUGAUCAUCGUGCUGGAGCUUGCUGACGCUGGCGACUUAUCGCAGAUGAUCAAGUAUUUUAAAAAGAACAAGCGACUCAUCCCUGAGAGGACGAUAUGGAAGUACUUCGUGCAGCUGUGCAGCGCCCUGGAGCAUAUGCACUCCCGCAGAGUGAUGCACCGAGACAUCAAACCUGCCAACAUGUUCAUCACAGCCACAGGGCAGGUGAAACUGGGCGACCUGGGCCUGGGCCGCUUCUUCAGCUCCAAGACCACGGCAGCACACUCCUUGGUGGGAACGCCGUACUACAUGUCCCCCGAGAGGAUCCACGAGACUGGGUACAACUUCAAAUCUGACAUCUGGUCCCUGGGGUGCCUGCUGUAUGAGAUGGCUGCUCUCCAGAGCCCCUUCUAUGGCGAUAAGAUGAACCUGCUGUCGCUGUGCCGUAAGAUCGAGCAGUGUGACUAUCCCCCGCUGCCAAGCGACCACUACUCCGACAAGCUGAGGGAGCUGGUGGGCAUGUGCAUCAACCCCAACCCGGACCAGAGGCCCGACAUCGUCUUCGUUCACCAAGUCGCCAAGCAGAUGCAGCUGUGGACUUCCAGUUCCUGAGCGCUCCCUUGGGGACCAUGCAUGCAC